AUGCGGUACGGAGACGACGGCAGCGUGCUCGGCGAGGCGGCUCGGUCGUCGCUGAAUCUUGUAGCGAAUUGUAAGUUCUUGUGAUGCGCGCCCGAGCUGAGGUGUCGCUGGAACUGCGAUUUACUCCAACGCCGCGCCGAGAGCCGCGGGCACACCCUACAGCGAUACUGUGGCCAUCUAUUGCGGCCGUUCUCAAGGACGACUUCGCCACCUGGAAAGGAACAUGGUUCAGGUUAGCUUUGGCGCCAGGGGUCGAGUCGUUGAGGGAGUGGUGGUGGUGGUGCGGUCGAAUCUCACCAAGCUUGACAAAGUCUGUACUCAUUAGUCUCACAGCUUCCUCCGUAUACCAAAGCACGGAGGCAUCACGUACAAACCUUUUUCAAUCCGACAUCGACGAACUCCAACGUACAUAUCAGAACAAGCGUGUGACUCUGGCGUCGAUUGGUGCCAAUACUUCCAUUAUUAAACUGCCAGCGGGCCACUUCGGACAAACAGUAAUCAGUAGAAACGGAACGCACCCUUUGGUCGUAACAUUGUUCGGAAAAGUUGCGAUGUUGGACCCCUCAUUAGGAAAGUCACCAGUUUAG